CUGGGCUUCCCGGGGCCGCCGCCGCCGCCGCCGCCAGAGCUGCGCCGAGGUCUGGGCGGACCGAGCCGCGGCCCGUUCCCCGCGCCGAGAGCAGCACCGGCCCAUGUUUCCCCGUUGGGAUCCGGACUCCAGCCCGGGAGCAAUCUCCCAGCGCGAUCACCCAGGAAGAGACACUGUAAGCAGAUAAGAAGAAGGCGUGGGUUUGGGACACCAUUCGCAGCUGGAAAUGGGGAAUGGACUGUCAGACCAGACUUCCAUCCUGUCCAGCCUGCCGUCCUUCCAGUCCUUCCAUAUUGUCAUUCUGGGUUUGGACUGCGCUGGGAAGACGACCGUUUUAUACAGGCUGCAGUUCAACGAGUUUGUAAAUACCGUGCCUACCAAAGGAUUUAACACGGAGAAAAUUAAGGUAACCUUGGGCAAUUCCAAAACAGUCACUUUUCACUUCUGGGAUGUAGGUGGUCAAGAGAAGUUAAGGCCACUGUGGAAGUCGUAUACCCGGUGCACAGAUGGCAUUGUGUUUGUGGUGGACUCGGUCGAUGUGGAGAGAAUGGAAGAGGCCAAGACGGAACUUCAUAAAAUAACUAGGAUAUCAGAAAACCAAGGGGUUCCUGUGCUUAUAGUGGCUAACAAACAAGAUCUGAGGAACUCACUGUCACUCUCAGAAAUUGAGAAAUUGUUAGCAAUGGGUGAACUGAGCUCAUCGACUCCUUGGCAUUUGCAGCCCACCUGUGCAAUCAUAGGAGAUGGACUAAAGGAAGGACUUGAGAAACUACAUGAUAUGAUAAUUAAAAGAAGAAAAAUGUUGCGGCAACAGAAAAAGAAGAGAUGAAUGGCAUCUUUUAUGUGGGUGUGGAAUCAGUGUUCCUUGGGCUGACUUUGACAAGUUGAGUGUCUACGGCCUGGUUUGCCUGUCUGCCCUCCUGGAUGCUGUUAAAGCUUUGUUUUGUUGAACAGUCAGAUACCCAACUCUGUUGCCUUGUGGAAGAUGAGUAAAUGCAGGGGUCUCUUCUCCCUGACCCACAAAUCUUUUGGUACUGCCGUUUUGGGAAGCCAAAAAAAAAAGGCUAGUAAUUGACCAGAAAACAAUUUUGUGGAAAUAUUUGACCUGAAGUUAGUGAAAUAAAACUUUGAAGAGUGUA